CAUUCAUCGACCAACUGAGGAAAAUAAAAAAUCCUACUACAGCAACCAUACUAUCAGUCUCCACCAUCACAACUUACAGCUCACCUUUAAAAGCGCAGUUCUGAUAUAGAAAAUAUGGAGCGACUUCAACGCAUGUUCCAAGCAGCACAGGGUAUGGGUCCUGAGCCCGGACAAGAUAACCCUACUGCAGAUAAUUCAGAGAUGGUUUAUAUCUCAUCUCUCUCACUCUUAAAGAUGUUGAAGCAUGGCCGUGCUGGUGUCCCUAUGGAAGUCAUGGGUUUGAUGCUGGGCGAGUUUGUGGAUGAUUAUACUGUUCGUGUUAUCGAUGUCUUCGCAAUGCCACAAAGCGGAACAGGUGUCUCAGUCGAGGCAGUCGAUCCUGUGUUUCAAACAAAAAUGCUGGAUAUGUUGAAGCAAACUGGAAGGCCCGAGAUGGUCGUUGGUUGGUAUCACUCACAUCCUGGAUUUGGAUGCUGGCUUUCUAGUGUCGAUGUCAACACGCAACAGAGUUUCGAGCAGUUAAACAGUCGAGCAGUGGCUGUUGUGGUCGAUCCCAUCCAAUCUGUCAAAGGAAAAGUUGUGAUUGAUGCCUUCCGCUUGAUCAACCCCCAGACUGCUGCUGUGGGACAUGAGCCACGUCAGACAACAUCCAACAUUGGUCACUUGAAUAAACCAAGCAUUCAGGCACUGAUUCAUGGCCUGAAUAGACACUAUUAUUCAAUUGCAAUUAACUACCGCAAGAAUGAGCUUGAGCAGAAAAUGUUGCUCAACUUGCACAAGAAAAACUGGACAUCUGGAUUAACACUUGCAAACUUUCACGAACAUACGGAGGAAAACGAAAAGGCUGUUAAAUCAAUGCUGACGUUAGCGGAAGCAUAUAACAAAUCUGUUCAAGAAGAAUUUACAUUGACACCUGAGCAGCUCAAGACGCGUCAUGUCGGCAAGGAAGAUCCCAAGAGACAUCUUGAGAGCAAUGUAGAGCAGGUUAUGAGCAACAACAUUGUUGUCGCAUUAGGUACAAUGCUGGACUCUGUCAGUUUUUAAAAUACUCUCUAUGUGUCAGAGAAACCAUAGAGCGAUAAAGAGUCAAGACUGAUAGAGACUGAUGAAAUGUUUUAGCCAAUAAAUCAACAAACCAACCA